AUGCAAAUCUCCACGUUUGCGACUUUUGCCGUUUUUGCCACGGUUUAUGUACACACAGCCAUGCACAACGCAGCUGUCUGCGUUAAGAACAGGCAGCGUGGCAGCACCGGGAAUGGGACUCCCUACGGCAUCACUUACGGCUCAUGGACGGAAUACGAGAUCGACACUGCGGGAACUCAGUGUGCCUGCAAUUACUAUAAAAAUCGCAGCACCGGCAACAACCAAUGGGACAAAUGCCCCGACUGUCACUUCGAUGGUCUUCAGUGCCUUUCCAAUGCCUGGCAUAUCGGCGGAGACGAGGGAUGUCAUAUAACCUACUACUGCGAGAAGAAGUGCGGUAGCCAGGGAGCCGAGGCGAACUAA